AUGGCGACCCCAACCUUGAUCUCAUCCCUUCCAGACCUCCAAGCCUUCCUCUCUUUCAUCCCUCCCUCCAGCACGUUGUAUCUGGACCUUGAAGGCAGAAGUCUCUGCCGUCAUGGAACCUUGACGCUCUUGACAAUUCUCGUCCUUCCCACGCGGGCAACAAGCAUUGUCGAUAUCCGUCUCGCGGGCGUCACAGACAUCCAGCUCCUCGAAAACGGAUCCCGCCCCGGCGGCAAGACGUACCUCUUCGGGCUCGACAGGUGUAUCGAGAGGGACCUCUCGCUGAGAUGGGAAGAGAAGCAGCCCUGGGCCAGAACCAAGCAGGAGGUGCGGGCUCUGAUGAACAUGCCUAACAGCGACAUCUUCUCCCGCCGCCCUCUGGACGCCAAGACGCUGCAGUAUUGCGUCAACGAUGUCGUUUACCUGCCUGCGCUCCACAAACUCUACACCAAGCGCAUCAACAAGUCUAGUGGAUGGAUGGCAAAAGCCAUGGCUGAGAGCGCGCGUCGCGUGACCGAAGCUUGCGGCCCUGGGUACGUGCCUCAAUCUGAGGAUAAGAAGUUCGGACCUUGGCGCUCGAGGGUGGACCCGGACUACGACUUCUGGUUCUGAUAAUGGAGGAACGGCUUGAGAAGAUGGAAGAGGAUGAAUUGUUUUGGCUAUAGAGGCCAGAUGAAGCUCGGUCGGGGAAUCAAGGCAAGAGAUAGCGUACCUAGAUGUAGUUUUGUCCGAGGCAGGAUGGCCCAAGUUGGAUUUAGCAAUAUCAUGAAGCUUACGGCCCUUUUUCCGUUUGACCGAGCCUGUAGACGCUUGAUCUUGUUUUCGAGACGCAAACUUACCACACCCUCCUUCCGUGAGCAAUGUCUACCACCAAUGGUGAACGAGUGUACUAGGCGUACCUAAUGGCGUCGGGGAAGCCGUAGUUGUCUUGGCACGCGCUGAUGACUUUUGAGACUGCGUCGACGAUUGAGAUGAUGCUGGAGGCUCGCUGAGGACUUCCAGGCCUGGCAUGUUUGGUGAAAGUCUAGAGUGGAACAAACGACACAAAGCUGAUAAAUCGGUUGUCAGGUGUGGGAGAAGCGGGCCUACCU